GUAGUCUUUAUUUUUUAGCAUCGUGCUCUCAGACAUGACCACAAGAGGACAGUCUUGAAUCAGAACAAAUCCCAAUUGAAAUGGUUUCCCAGGACAAACGGCAUAAAAAUGAAGCAAGUCUAAACCGGUUUAAACAGAAAAUUGGACACAAGGAUGGACAGAUUUGGGAGCGUUUGGAAAAGUUGAAUGGACAGGGGCAGAGUAAGGACUGAGAAAGUGAUUCAAAAAGAGGAAAAGACAAAAGAGGAUUUUGAUCAUACAAGGACAACAUUAUUGGAUUGGAAUUUAUUCUCAACUUUCAAAAUAACCAUGGAACUGUCUCUGGGUCACCCGGCUCUCAAAGCCUUUGUGUGUGGCUCUCUCAGUGGAACAUGCUCCACCCUGCUCUUCCAGCCUCUGGACCUGGUCAAGACCCGCCUGCAGACCCUUCACAGCAACAUGCAGCCUGGUUCAGCAAGAGUGGGGAUGGUGACUGUGUUCUUAAGUGUUGUACGGACAGAGAAGCUCAUAGGACUUUGGAAGGGGGUCUCACCAUCGUUUGUGAGGACCAUCCCCGGCGUAGGGAUCUACUUCAGCACCUACUACUCUCUAAAGCAGCACUACUUCCUGGAGCAGGGCCCCGGGGCCAUGGAGUCUGUGCUGCUGGGAGCUGGGGCCAGGACUGUGGCAGGGGUCUGCAUGCUGCCUGUCACUGUCAUUAAAACUCGCUUUGAGAGUGGCAGGUAUAACUACGGGAGCGUGGCAGGGGCUUUGCGCAGUGUGUGUCAAACAGAGGGACCCAGAGCUCUGUUCUCAGGGCUGACCGCCACCCUCCUCAGAGAUGCUCCCUUCUCAGGCCUCUAUGUCAUGUUCUACAGCCAGGGCAAGAACACUCUGCCACAGGAGAUAAGCACGUCUCCCUACGCGGCCCUGGCUAACUUCAGCUGUGGGAUUCUGGCCGGGGUCCUGGCUUCCCUAGUCACCCAGCCAGCUGACGUGGUCAAAACCCACGUCCAAGUCAGCCCACAUCUGUACAGGAGGACUGCAGACGCUGUGCGAUACAUUUACAAUGAGCACGGGUUUCAAGGGUUCUUCCGGGGUGGGGUGCCACGUUCUCUGAGGAGGACCAUGAUUGCUGCCAUGGCAUGGACAGUGUAUGAACAGCUGAUGGCCCGCAUGGGGCUCAAGUCCUGAGGAGGGAUGACAAGAAGGGAUGACAAGUCCUGAAGAGAGGGAAUGAAAUGUGGACCGAGGAAGAAAGUGAAAGUCAAGUCACUGAGGACAAACCAGUACAGUAAGGAGUGCCCUGGAAGGCACUGCUGUGUUUGUGUCUUAAGGCUGCCUAGUUGUGAGUGUGCCAAUGGACUUCUUCACUGACAUACAGUAUUCUGCCAUAACAUUAUUAACCCAUUGCAAAGAUAUGAUACCUCAAGCACUGGUAUCCAUACUUUGACAGAAAGAUGAGGACUAGUAGUUUUAUUAAAAUGUCUGUAUAUUUGAAUGGAUUGCAAUAGUUUUGCAUUGCACAAUAUUGUCUGUCUUCAUUGUAUGUGAGGCUACACCAAACUAUACUUUAAUGUAUUUAUUCUACUGGGCUACUUUCACAAUUCUAUAUUGCACUAUAAGUCAUAUAAUAUUGUUGGUCCCUAACUAGCCACUGGACUCCCAGCCAAACUUGACUGUUUAAGCUACUCCAGGCUUUAGAUAUAUAUCCCGCUGUAGAAUUCUACAAUGUCAGAUACAGUUGAAGUCGGAAGUUUACAUACUUAGGUUGGAGUCAUUAAAACUAGUUUUUCAACCACUCCACACAUUUCUUGUUAUCAAACUAUAGUUUUGGCAAGUCGGUUAGGGCAUCUACU